AACUUGCUUAAACCAAAAGUAUCUACAGGCUUUGUGCAAGUUGAAUAAGAAGAGGUAUUUGGAAUUUAACAGUUAAGUUUGGCAAUUACAAAUUUAUAACAAUGUCGAAACCAAAGGUUUUCGUUACUUGCAGAGUGCCUUUAUCUGGCCUGGAUAUAUUACGUGAGAAUUGUAACGUUGACGUCUGGGAUAGCGAUGACGUCAUUCCGCCUAAUGAAUUGAAGAAGAAAAUCAAGGAUAUUGAUGGGAUAUUCUGUACAAUUAACGACAAAAUUGAUGUUGAUGUUCUGACGGCUGCCGGAACAAAUCUCAAAGUUAUCGGCACGAUGUCGGUUGGCGACGACCACAUCAACGUUCCAGAAUGUAAAAAACGCCAGAUUUACGUGGCUACGACGCCGGACGUGGCGUCUGACAGCGCCGCCGAGCUUUCUGUGGCGCUACUGCUCAUGACAACCAGGCGCUUGGCAGAAGGUUAUCUUGCCCUACGAGACGGGACGUCCGGCCCCUGGAAGCCUAUGUGGAUGCUUGGUAACGUCUCUAUGGGCAAAACCCUCGGCAUCUUCGGGUUUGGACGUGUGGGCUUCGGGAUCGCCCGUCGCAUGAAGCCCUUUGGGGUCAGCAAGAUCAUCUAUAGCGACAUCUUUGAGGCUAGCUACUCUGACGGGAUUGCGACUAGGGUGGAGUUUGAUGAAUUGCUGAAAGAGUCAGACAUAAUAUGUAUCUGUUGUGCUGUAAACGCCCAAACUAAGGGGAAAUUCAACAAAGCUGUCUUCGAGAAAAUGAAAAGUUCUGCUGUUAUUAUCAAUACGUCACGUGGACAGAUAAUAAAUCAGGACGAUUUGUACGAAGCUUUAAAGAACAAUACGAUUGGUGGAGCAGGUCUUGACGUCACUGACCCAGAACCUCUCCCGACCAAUCAUCCGCUGAUGGGGUGUAGCAGGUGCGUGAUUUUGCCUCACAUGGGAACCAAUACGGUGGAAGCCCGUGACGCAAUGUGUAUCAACACCGCCAAAAACAUUGUCGCCAUGUUGGUUCACUAAAUCGUUCUUAUUGUAAAGAAAAAUGUCACCAUGUCAUGUUUAAUCGUGUACUGUGUAUGAUCCUCUGUGCAACUGCAAAUAGUCAUAUAACUACCUGUACAAUUAUAUUUUAAUCUUUCAUAAUCGGUCAUAUAUCUUCAUUGUUUAAAAAUUAGUUCUGAGAACUAAAUACAUUGUUUGAAAGCGGGCGAAGUAUCUAGCCAUGAAGUGAUUCGUUUAUGCGCUUUGGACAGAGUGCUUUAUUUUCUAGUACAAUUGCAUUAAUACUGCACCUGUAGCUGUUGUUUUUCAGUUCGUUAUGUAUCAUUUGUUAGUAUCAUGUGAAUUUGCUUGUGUUGCUGAGAAAUUAUUUUUGAGUUUGUGCAGUAUAAACAACAGCGCAGGAAUAAACCCCGAUAUAUGAAA